AUGCCUCCAGUCAAGCAAGUAUACAGUCAACAACAGCAGCCAUCAAAUUGGGACAAAUUCAAGAUGGGCUUGAUGAUGGGCACUUCGGUUGGAGUGUGUACCGGUAUUCUUUUCGGCGGUGUUGCCAUCAUAACGCAAGGGCCCGGCCCCAACGGUUACAUCAGAACCCUUGGCCAGUACAUUGCUGGUUCUGCGGCUACUUUCGGUUUAUUUAUGAGUAUUGGGUCAAUUAUUCGUAGCGAAGAGCAGGUUAGUCGCCAGUACAGGGCUAAUUCUAUCUCGAUGCAGCAGAGAGCCAAAUUCGAGAUGUGGAAAGCCAGAGAAACGUACGGGCUAUUUAAAAAAGAGUUCAGAGAGCUUUGA